GGUGCGAAAAUAUUCAUGGCAUUGAAAUGUCGAAGCUUUGGUCGCUAAGAAUAUUCCUUGUGGCAUGUUUCCUUGGUUGCUGCCAGGCUAGGGUACCUUGUUCUCUUCAGUAUAGUUGUGUUGCUCCCAGAUAUUGCUUAAGGGAGGCACCGGGCAGCAUCUUUGCUAGGUUUGCGUGCCAGGAUUCCGAAUUGUGCUGCGAAAUUCUAAGGGAAUUCGAAGAGGAGCAGGAGGAGAUUGCGAUGGAAGAGCUCAGUUCCUCCCCACAACCAACUACUCCCCCUCCCCGAAAGGUACCCAGUGCGAAAGGUGGAACCUUUUUAAUGACUCCCCUGCCAAUGAAUGACAACCAAUUUAAGCAUUGUGGCUGGUCCAAUCCCAGAGGCCUGGACUCGGAUCUUCGGCAUUCACAAGACGAGGCACAUCCUGCAGAGUUCCGUUGGGUGAUAGCUCUUUUUUAUCAGAAAAUCUUAUUUGGCGGAGGUACCCUAGUGGCUCCCGGAGUCGUUCUUACAGCGGCUCAUGUCACCGAGGGCAAGUCCUUGGCAGACAUCGUGGUCAGAGCUGGCGAUUGGGACUUGGAAUCGAAUCGGCAAUCCUUUAAGAAGCAGGAGCGAACUAUAGUUCGAAUUUUACGUCAUGAGGCGUUCCAAGUAGAAACUGGCGCCAAUAACUUGGCGCUUCUCUUUCUCAACUGGCCAUUCCAGCUGGGGGAUCACAUUGGGACCCUCUGCUUGCCUAAUCUGGGAAAGUCUCCGAAGAUCGAGGAGAGAUGCUACUUGGUGGGCUGGGGCAAGAGGAAAUUCUUAGAUGACCGUUUCACAAUCCUGAAGAAGAUUGAGCUGCCCGUGGUUAACAAGAACAUGUGCCCGUUGCAAGUGCCCGAUAGUGUUAUAUGCGCUGGCGGUGACAGGGAUAAUAAUGUCUGCACUGUCGAUGGCGGAUCCGCCGUGGUGUGUUCCCUAAAAGGCAAUCCCAACCUCUUCGAGCAGAUUGGCAUCGUCAGCUUUGGAGUUCAGUGUGGCACGGAAAACGUCCCUGCUGUCUACACGGAUGUGUCCCACUUUAGGGAGUGGAUUAAUUAUAAUUUAAACCGAGUCCAGCUGGAGAUUCGGCUAACGUAUCAUUGGACGCCGAGACUGCCCGUUCUUGAGGUCACUUAGAACAGAAGCCAUAAGGUUGUGCAAAAAUAAAGAAUAUAAAGUAUAAUAAUUAUUGUGCUUAUCAGAGGUUUUCCUAGAAUCUUUGAAUUCCCAGCCUAGCAGAUUCACCAGUGCUCUCAUAAAUUCAUCUAUGACAUAUGUAUGUAUGAUUAAUGCCCAGCAAUCCCAGAAGCAAUACCUAUACUCCACCAUCAGAUUGUACGUACAUUUCCUGCCAACUACAGUUGAACAUAACUAAGGUGGACCUAUUUGUAUUUUUCCACUUGAAUUUUUCUAAAAAGUUUCUUUUUAUUUACGAUGUAUAUGGUAUCUCGUCAAGUUUCUUUGAUUAAAUUCCCUGAAAAAUAAAUUAAAGCCAUUUCUUUUUAUGGCUACUU